UUUCGGGCAGAAACACAUGUCUGCAAAUUGUAAACAAAAAUAUUUCAUGUUAAACUUGCUUUAAGUUUUUAAGAAGUUGUUAAAAUGAACGACACACUUAAAUGUAAAAUGAGUAUUUGCACAAAGGCUUUAGAGAAUAGAAUAUUUGGGGAAAAUGCUUCUGAAAGCCUUUCAGCAAUAGAGAACCUAGUCAAAUUGUUUGAUGUAGUUGGAGAUGAAGUGUCAAGUAAAACUAAAAGUGGGCCAACUACUACCACACAUGAUGAAGCUCAAGCUAUUACGUCCGCUCUCUCCAAUAUUUUACAAUUUAGUGUAUCAUCAGAACAAAUCCUUGGUCAAAAGGAGUUAAAUGAUCUCAAGAAGUAUACAAGAGAAACGUUGUUUCCCCGGUGGAUCGAGGCUGUGUUGAAAAAUGUCUCUGUCGAAACAAACAAUAAAUUGAAUGCAUCAGAUAAACACAGAUUCGAUGCACUCUUAUUCAGUCUGGUUAAACAGGGGCCAUCACUUCAAGUAUUUAUGAUUCUAAACACAGCCCUUAUUAAUUCAUGUGCUGGAUUUUCACAAAUGAAGUUCAUAUCACUAAUGGAAUCCUUUAUCAGUGAAAAACUUCAGUCAUUAUUUCUGAAACAAUGCCUAGUUGAAAAGAAUUCCACCAAUACAGCAUUUGAUCAGAAACAGAACUAUGUAGAGUGGGAAGAACUGAUAUCAGCAUUGUCUUCUUUUCCAGAUAGGAUUGCUGGAAAACUUCAAAACCAUAACAGUGACAAGUUUUUACCAAUAAAUUACAUAGAGUUGCUAGGCAACACAAUAAUAAUUGUUUUAGAAGAAGUACAUAGUUUACUGAAAAGUGAUCAAGACUGUAGUCUAGAAUUUAUAAGUAGACUGAUAGGCAAACUUUGUCUGACUGGAUAUGCUGAUAUAUUAUGGAAUAGUAUGAUAAGUAGAUUAUGUGUAUUUGUGAAACAAAAUUAUAUAUGGUGUAGGAUAUGUGAACGAAUUGUAACCAGAGUACCAGAUAAAUGUAUAGAAUGUGUUAUUGUACCACUAUUACAGAAAAUACCAUGGUAUGGAUUGGUGGAUAAAUUUUUAGGUGAUAGUAUUUUAACCAACAGAAAGAUACAUUAUUUAUUAUGUACGAAACUUCUUUUUCAUAGAUAUUUUGAUGAAACACAGCUGGUAAGAAAUGUUUUAGGAUAUCUGGCCUCCUCUCGUACAAGACGUUUGCUAUAUUUGGAGACAAUGAAGAAUUUAUUAAGUGUAUGGGGUGAUGGUAGUGCUAUUAAACAUACAUCAUAUUCUCAACAUCUGUUUAUAUCUAGAGCUUUAAUGAUAUGUAUUGGUUAUUUAAAUGAAAAAGAGAAGUCAUUGUUGAAGGAAGAGUUUGUAGGAAUUCUAAUGCCAGCAGUUCAAUGUCAUAUUGGUAGUUCUGAUAUGAAGCUACGUAAACUUGGUAUGGUAGUAGCAGAAACGCUAACAAGUACCUUAGAUCCUAAAGGACCAAAACUACACUUUGAGUUUGAGAGAGAUGUAGAGGUGUAUGAUUUAUUAUCAUAUCUUCAUGUACCUGAAGAUACAAGCACACAGACACCAGAAGCAAUACCAAGAUUAGAAAAGAAAGAUAUUGAACCAGUAACAUGUAAAACAACAGAUAAUCCAACAAAUUUAACAGAUGACCAAAAUACUAAACAUAAUAUUCAAACAGACGUAGAACUUGAUAGUGAUGAUGAUCUAGAACCAUACGAUAUGUCAAAUGAUGUCAAAGUGACAAAAGUGAAAAAUCCCAAAUAUAUCCGAGAUUGUAUGGAAGGUUUGAUAUGUUCUGAUGAUGCAGAGAGAGUAGAGGCCUGUCUUUUUAGUGCUGAACAGUUAAUUAGAAAAUCACCUGAUGGUCUUAAAGAGAUUGCAGCAGAAUUUAGUAAAAUAUUGCUACAUUUACAAAACAAUUUUUCAACACGUGGUUUUGACGCAGUUAGAUUUGGUGCCAUGGUAGCUUUAGCUGUUGAAUGUCCCGUUGAGGUGGCUGGUUACCUCAGCAGUCAAUUCUAUGAAAGAAAUUACAACCUAAGACAAAGAAUGGAUAUUCUAGAGGUUCUCUCUGCAGCUGCUCAAGAAUUAGCCAAACCAGUUGAUAAAAACAGAGUCAGGCAACAUCAACCAGUAAAAGAAAUAAAACCAGUUAAAGAAUCAGACGAUUGGAGAGAAAUUGUAGAAAAACGUAUAGAGGGUAAAACGAGGCGCUUUAUUAAAGGUCGCACACAACCAGAACCUGCACAAGUAGCCAAUCGUUUUGCUCCUGUAGCCGGACACUUUUUCUUUCCACUGCUGAACAAGGUUGACAGAAGUCAACCUAGUUUUGAUUUAUUAGGAAAAGAAACUAUUGUAUUAAGAAAGCUUAUAUAUUCACUUGGUAUCAUUCUCCAUUCGGCUUUACAUGUUCCAUUAGCUACACAAAUGUGUGUAAAUUUACUAGAGUUCAUUUGGGCUUUAAGAUAUCAUUCAGAUAGCUGUAUUAGACAAGCAUUACUAUAUGCUACAUCCAUGGUUAUACUAGUAUUACCACCAUUUUGUGUUUUAACUGAUUUACAAGAUGUGAUGUUAGAAACAAAAUCAUGGUUACAAGAAACUAUUGAUAAUGAUACUGAUAUGGAGUGUAAAAGGAUGGCGUUACAAGCUUUAGUUUUAUUGGAAAAUACUAUGCAACAGGGUUUUAAACUCGAUCUGAAUGAUGGUAGAGCAUAACAACCUUACAUCUAUGAUUUUACUUGAAUGAAUGAAUGAAUGAACAAUUAAAUUUGAUGAAUCAAAUGAUUACAAACUUCUCGAACUUGAAUCAAAUACAGUGUAUUUACAAACUUCUUGAAUCAAAUAUUUACAAAUUUGUUUUGUUUUGGUUUACCAUUGAAAACUGAACAUUCCACAAUUUACAAUCAAAGGACUUUGUUCAGCAGUGGUCCAAGAAUGAGAAUUUGUAGCACUAUGCAGUGUGUUUUUUUAUAGAAAAGGUGCCAUAACAACCUAGGUGGAAGUGGUUGUUAACUAGCAGUAGCAGUAGUAUUUAAGUGCAAGGAUAUGAUGGGUCACUGGUCCGUGCCACUAGUAACACAUGCGAUGUAAAUAUAAUAAGACUGGAUGACUGGAAGUAAUUGUUGUAUGAUCUAGCCAGUGAUAUUUAUGCCUAAAUUAAUUUACAUGUACCAGUAGUGAAAUUACAGUCAUUGUCCAUAAACAAGUCCACUGUUGACUACACAUGAUGAUUAUUUUGUAUAUACACUAUGUACACUUGGAAUACAAGCUAAAGGACUUCAAAAGUUUUAUCCAUAUGAUGGAAGCUUGAACAGAUUUUGUAAAUUUGUAGGUAAUCCACGGGACCAGAUAUAUGGUUUUUACCUUGAGAACUUCACUUUUCCACAUAAAGCAAGGGGUCUCUUUUUCACCGAAGGUGUUUAUUUCUAUCUGCAUUGACCAAACCAUACCAUGUUCACAUUGUUUUAAAGUGACAUUUUUACAUACAGGACCGGUAUUGAUGUAAUGAUAUACGCCAACUUCCACCAUUCUCUCUCAAUUAGAAUCAAAGUUAUCGAGCUCCAAAGUCUUGACCAAUCAAAUUGCUUAUUAAUCUGCUUAACCUAAGCCAAAUGCUCAUUAUUGAACUUAGUCAUGGUAUUGAUGUAAUGAAACUAUAGAAGCAAAGUCAUCCUGUCCCAAAGCACCGACCAAUCAAAUUGGAUAAGCAGAAAAUGCUCAUCAUCAAACACAGUCAAGGCAUUCACCUAAUAAACACCUACACCCGACGCGUUUUUUUAAAAAGUAUUAUCUAAUAAGCACAGUUAACUAUUCGUAACAAAACACAACACAAGGUAUAUAUGUAUAUAAGUACUUCUGUAUUAAGUAAGACGUUCCUUAACACAUACAGGUCACGUUUUCAAGGUAUCCUGUAUGUGUUACGAAGCGUCGUUAUUAAAUAAUAGAGAAGUACUUACAACCAUAUAUACCUUGUGUUUUGUUAUGAAAUUAUUAUUUUGUCGUUUGUGAAUCAGCCUUUAGUAAUUACUUUCACAUUGUGUUGUAGGAUAUUUUUUAUUUGUUUAUUACAAAAUAGCUCCCGAAACCAUAGGGUACACGACUCGUGUACUGAUUAUAAAAUGUUAAUUGUGUCUUGAUAUUGGAUAUUGGGAUCCGAUAGUUUCACGGCAAGAUAGCAUCAUCAAUAAAGAUUGAAAUUGAUCAAUAUUGAAUUCUAAUUCGUGUUUUAAUUUCGAAUACUAUGGAAAAUAUUGAAUUAGAGACUUAGCUCCUUUAAACCCUGUGAUUGAAUGAUCUAAAAUUA